AAACCGAGGCUUUGAGAAGUUAACCCAUAACUAGGAAAUUGAGAGCAGAGAUUCAAAGCUGCUCUAAAGCCCGAACUCAAACAUGACCAGGAAGAUCUUCACAAAUACCAGGGAGCGGUGGAGGCAGCAGAAUGUCAACAGUGCCUUUGCCAAGCUGAGGAAGCUCAUCCCCACUCACCCUCCAGACAAAAAGCUGAGCAAAAAUGAAACGCUUCGCCUGGCAAUGAGGUAUAUCAACUUCUUGGUCAAGGUCUUGGGGGAGCAAAGCCUGCAACAAACGGGAGUGGCUGCUCAGGGGAACAUUCUGGGGCUCUUCCCUCAAGGACCCCACCUGCCAGGCCUGGAGGACAGAACUCUGCUUGAGAACUACCAGGUUCCUUCACCUGGUCCAAGCCACCACAUUCCUUAGCGUGGCUCUGGCUGUCAUCUCCCAGGGCAGCACUUGCUCAGAAUCACUGCCUGUGGACAGACUUUGGCAUGUUUCAGAGCUGACUUGAUGAUAACUUGUGAAGCAUGAAUUUUAGCUUCCUGGGAGGUGGCUCAGGGACAGCUGCAGGGAGCUGAAAGAAGCCAUGAGGAAUGUCACUUGUGGGCCGCCACCCCCCGGGGAUGUCAGGUAGAGUGGCCUACCUCUGCCUAUUUUAAAUCCAGGUUCUGCAUAAGACUUUUGGAGAAAAAAUUCUAAGUAAAAAAAAAGGUGGAAAAUCACUGUUUACUCAAUGUCUUCAGUUAUAAGAAAGAAGUUUUCUCAUAAUGGAUCUCAGAUGAAUAAGUAGAAUAUGCUUCCUUCAGAACAUAUUUUGAAGUUUGUUUUGAAAAAUGAGA